GACAUUUGCCAAAUCAGCUCCAUCGAUUUUCGCCUGAUUGUGGGAUUAAUUAAUUUGUGUGAUAAAAUAAAGAUUUCUGAAUGAGUAAAUAGUAACAUAUUCGCUAUUCGUCCAUAAAUAUUGUACAAUAUCGCCGCAUGACCACCUGAACGGCGAUAUGGCGACUUACGAGGAGUUUAUGCAGCAAAAUGAAGACAGAGAUGGCAUACGAUUCACGUGGAAUGUCUGGCCAUCGAGUAGAAUUGAAGCGACAAGGCUGGUCGUUCCUUUGGCUUGUCUCUAUCAACCUUUGAAAGAGCGGCCAGAUUUACCACCUAUCCAGUAUGAACCUGUGCUCUGUACUCGUAAUACUUGCAGAGCUAUACUCAAUCCAAUGUGCCAAGUGGAUUAUAGAGCUAAGUUGUGGGUGUGCAACUUUUGCUUCCAGCGAAAUCCUUUUCCACCACAAUAUGCGGCUAUAUCGGAGCAACAUCAACCAGCUGAAUUGAUUCCGAAUUUCUCAACAAUUGAGUAUACAAUCACUCGUGCCCAAACAAUGCCACCAAUUUUCCUACUGGUGGUGGACACUUGUAUGGAUGAAGAGGAGCUUGGUGCACUUAAAGAUUCAUUACAGACAUCUUUAAGUCUGAUGCCUCAGAAUGCAUUGGUUGGUCUUAUAACAUUUGGCAGGAUGGUACAAAUCCAUGAAUUAGGUACAGAAGGAAUUUCAAAAUGUUAUGUCUUCAAGGGAACUAAGGAUUUAUCAGCUAAACAGAUACAAGAACAGCUGGCUAUAGGUCGUGUAAAUGCUUCUAAUCCUCAGCAACGACCUGGGGCACCUGCUACACAGUCACCAGCUCACCGUUUCCUUCAGCCUGUUAAACAGUGUGACAUGGCCUUGACUGAUUUACUUGGUGAACUUGGUCGUGAUCCAUGGCCCCUUGGAGUAGGAAAAAGGCCUCUGAGAAGUAGCGGAGUAGCACUUUCUUUAGCUGUGGGUCUGUUAGAAGUCACAUACCCUAAUACUGGAGCAAGAAUAAUGCUUUUCCUUGGGGGACCAUGCUCUCAAGGCCCCGGUCAAGUGGUCAACGAUGAGCUGAAACAGCCAAUCCGUUCUCAUCAUGAUAUUCAUAAGGAUAAUGCCAAAUACAUGAAGAAGGCUAUAAAGCACUAUGAGAGCCUGUCUUUGAGAUCGGCCACUAAUGGACACUGCAUAGAUAUUUAUUCCUGUGCUUUGGAUCAAACCGGUCUAUUAGAAAUGAAGCAAUGCUGUAACUCAACAGGUGGACACAUGGUCAUGGGCGAUUCAUUCAAUUCUUCUUUGUUCAAGCAAACAUUCCAAAGAGUAUUUGCUAAAGACCAGAGUGGAGACUAUAAGAUGGCAUUUAAUGGAACAUUAGAAGUGAAAUGUUCUCGUGAGUUGAAAAUCUCUGGCGCGAUCGGUUCGUGCGUAUCACUAAACGUGAAGGGCCCGUGCGUGUCCGACCAAGAAGUGGGCAUGGGUAACACUUGUCAGUGGAAAAUGUGCACAUUCACUCCUAGCACAACCAUGGGUAUAUUCUUUGAGGUGGUGAAUCAGCACGCGGCGGUGCCUCAAGGUGGGCGCGGAUGCGUGCAACUGAUCACACAGUACCAGCACUCGAGUGGUCAGCGCCGCGUGAGAGUCACCACGAUUGCCAGAAAUUGGGGCGAUGCUGCGGUGAACCUGCAUCAUAUAGCGGCCGGGUUCGACCAGGAGGCGGCGGCAGUGGUGAUGGCGCGCCUGGUCGUCUACCGCGCUGAAUUAGAGGACGGACCGGACGUGCUCCGCUGGCUCGACAGAAUGCUCAUCCGUCUGUGUCAAAAGUUCGGCGAGUAUGGAAAAGACGAUCCAAACAGUUUCCGUUUGUCAGAGAACUUCAGCCUUUACCCGCAGUUCAUGUAUCAUCUGCGUCGAUCACAGUUCCUGCAGGUGUUCAACAACUCGCCAGACGAGACCACUUUCUAUAGGCACAUGCUGAUGCGUGAGGAUCUGACGCAGUCGCUGAUCAUGAUCCAACCGAUCCUGUACUCGUACAGCUUUGGUGGACCGCCGGAACCCGUUCUGCUGGAUACAUCCUCCAUUCAGCCGGAUCGCAUCCUACUCAUGGACACAUUCUUCCAAAUCCUCAUAUACCAUGGAGAGACAAUAGCCCAGUGGCGGGCGCUCCGCUACCAAGACAUGGCCGAGUAUGAGAGUUUCGCUCAACUGUUGCGUGCUCCUAUAGACGACGCGCAGGAGAUCCUGCAGACUAGAUUCCCUGUACCACGGUACAUAGACACGGAACAUGGCGGCUCACAGGCCCGGUUCCUGCUAUCCAAGGUGAACCCAUCGCAGACCCACAACAACAUGUACGCGUAUGGAGGGGACGGUGGCGCCCCCGUGCUCACGGAUGACGUGUCAUUGCAAGUGUUCAUGGAGCACCUCAAGAAGUUGGCCGUGUCAUCGACCGCUUAACAAACAACUAAAGGCGAUGGUAGUGUCGUCUAUUAUCCACUAAUCAGGCAAAUGUCCGACUCGUUUAUGGAUUUGAAAAAUGGUAAUGAAAUCAGUAUCAUAUUCCCGCCCCUGAACUCUAACUACCCGCACCUGAGAAUGAGAACGUUCGACGACGGUGAGGAUGCGCGACCACCACAGCCCACGGUCGUGGACGUGAUGCGUCAGUGUAUCGCCGAUUUUCGAUUCAUCAUACCACUUUUUCCGAUCACCGCUUAUUUGCUGUCGCGGUUCCUGCUACCUCUGGUGUUAUACGAAUGGUAGAGUUAUUUUAUUCUGUGUUUAAAUUCAAUUGUCUGUGUUAUUUUCUGCUGAUUCACACAUAUCAGUGAAGUCACCGUGUAUGUUAUUCUUUAUUACGUUCUCUAUGGACGCAUCUAUAUGUUGCUUCACAAAUAAAUAUACUACUCUUCUUCGUCUGAAGCAAGGGCUAUCAGAUCUACAGCAAUAACCAACCACAAUCACCUCGGUUUUCAUUAAUUCUUUCCUCGCACACGUUUUGACUGAAGAUCCAUAGAGAACUAAGUACCUACUGAUAUGUACGUAUGUUAUUGUUAUAAAGGCGAGCGGACAGGACACUUUAAUCCGAUUUCAGAAUAUCUACUAGUUGAAUAUUGUGGUUGGCGUUAUAACAUUAAUCGAUAUAGACGACGGUUCGUUAUCUAAAGGGGUCGUGGAACUAGAACAGAAUAUCACUGGUUAUGUUACAAGCGAAUUGUAAAGCAGUUUCAAUGCCAUAAGCGUCCGUAACAAACAAGGUGAAUCCAUUAGAACCCAAAAUAAAGCGAGACAAAAGAACUUUUCGCUUCACAGGCCCGAACGGGGGUAGGGGGGGGGGGGAGAUUUUGGUUGGUGUCAAGGGGGCGACUAUCAUCAUUAAUAAUACCGACUUACAGUCUAAAAAGAACGCGUUUCAUACAAGUAGGCUAAUAUAUAGAGCGUAAUUGGGAGGUUAAACAAAACGUAGAUCCGGGCCUGUCGAUUUAAACAGCGACGCUUCCGUGCAAUAG